UUGAUACAACUAAAAUCAUUCUUAUGGAAAAUCAAAAGCCUUUGUCAUUGGCUCUUUGACUCUAUACUCAACCUCAGUCCCAUCGUUUAACAAUGUCAUGCUGUGUAACCAACCCUACCGUUUCUCCUCAGAUUGUAAUAUAGACAAAGAGAGCAUAAAUGAGUUUAUCAACCAGAAAAAGGAGAUGUUUCUGUUGGAGUACUCCCUGGCGGUGAAGCGUGGAGAGAUCGAGCAGCUAGAGAAAGUGGCAGCGGCGGAGGAGAGGAAGCUGACGCACGCCCAGCAGUUCCUAGAAGACGACGCCAUCAUAUUUGACCAAUUCCUUAAAGAGAACGACAAGAACUCUGUGGAGGCCAUCAAAGUUGCUGAGUUGGAGACCAAAUUGAAAAUGGAGAAGAUGUCUGAGAUCAAGAGGAUCACAACCAGGAUGGUGACCAUUAAGAGUGACAUCUCUAAGUUUGAGGACAUCAUAAAGGAGUUCAAGAUGCACAAGGAGUUCCUCUUCAAGCUGUCCCCUCUAGAGUGGCAAGAGGCACAUAGGGGCAAGGCCAAGACACUUAAACUCAAGUCUGCCACCAAGUCUGCCACCAAGGACAAGCCCAAAGAGAAAGACAAAGAUGAGAGGGCUACUCCGAAAAGACGUACUACUACGGACAGUAAAGAGUCCUUUGUGGGCCGAGAGCUGCCACCUAUCCGGGAUGCUAGGACCCCCUCUAGACAGUCGACCAGUCGGAGUGACAAAUUGAACCCUGUGGCAGAGCUGAAGACUGACAGCUCUGAAUAUGAGGAGGACCCGGCGCUGUACUUCAGGGACCCCAGGCAGCUGCUGGAGCUGCUGACAGAGCUGGAGGAGCAGAACCUCUCUCUGAUCCAGAACUCCAGGGAGACCGAAGACGCCCAGGAGGAGUUCCGACAGGUCAUGGACUACAACCGCAAGAAGAUGGAGGUGGAGACCAACCAGCUGACCCAGCAGAUAGACAUCAUGACCCACACCAUCCAGAGGGAGAGGGAACGGGCUGCCGAGCUGGAGCUGAGGGCCCGCCUCUUCAACUUUGGGAAGUACAAGGCGGACGACCAGGAGGGUAUGUUUGACUCCCUGGGCGUUAAGGUAGAGGAGGUGUACCGGGGCUGCGUGGGCGACAGCGAGGCCAACCUGAGCACGCUGCAGAUGCUGAAAGCCAUCGAGAGUCGCCUGGACGAGCUGCUGGAGAAGGUGGAGAUCGUCCCCAAGGAGCGGCUGGUGCUGGCCGAGAGGGCCAAGGAAAAGGAGAGGAGGUUCAGGCUGCGUGAUGAGAAGAUGCAUCAGGACAAGCAGCACCAGGAAGAGAGGCUGAAGAGGGCCCUGGAGAGAGCCCAGGCUGACGUCAAGAAAACAACUGGCAAGAAACUGAUGGCUAGAUCACAGCGCCCUGCCCGCAAGCUGAAGACCAGUCAGGUGUAUGACAUCUCAGACAAGGAGAAAGAGGAGCAGCUCUACUUCUUCACGUAAAGGGCCAAGUCACAACACGGCCCCAAACGCCACAACUGACCGGAACUCCUUUCAUCUCUGUUUUGGCCUAAUGUGGGGCUGUGACUGACUCACUGUAAAUACUGACUUUUUUAAUAAUUGGGUAUGACGGGUAUAAGUAUGGCUUUUACAAUGACCCUAUUGGGCACUGGUCAUGUCACAUGAUGGGAUAGGUCCUACUUCUUUGGGACUGGAUGGAGUUUUUUUUGAGGUGGUGUGGAGCACGUGGACUUUGUUUUGGUGGAGGGCAUUGAGGCAGAUGGACAGUGCUCUCCCCACACAUUUCAUAGAAUUUGAUUAUUUUAACAUACCAGAUUUAAAUUACAAUAUUUUGCCAUACCAUAUUAUUCUUAUUUUUAU